AAGCACCCCAUACGCAAAUGCACCACACACACACCAACCCAUACCAUACCGUGUUCUCUCCCAAAAGCAUCACCUUCCAGCCUUCCCCCUUUCAUACAUCGCAACCCCCUUUCCACUCACUCACACACUCACUCACACUCACACUCGCAUUCACACGCGCGCACACGCAUACGAACACGAACAGACAUACCAGCGUUUCCUGUUGGUGCGUGCGUGUCCCACGCUCUCCUUGCGUGAAGCCAUUCACAUCACGACGCAGUCAGAUAACCAAGUCACCAAGCGAGCAAGUCAGGUUCUCAGGUGCAGACCACCCACCGCAUUCUCUUGCAGCCACCACACAAGAGUGACUGAGACGAUCGAAGCAACCAACCACCACAACCAACCGACCACAACGACGAAGCAAGAGCCAACCCUCCCCCUCCCCCACCGCUGCUUUCCGCACCGACACAUUGCAUCCAUCAGCCAUUCAUUCACUCCACGACAAGCAACACAGCACCGACUCGCAGACCAGCCACACAUAUACAAGCACAGCAAACAAGUCAGUGCGUGAGCACACACACACACACACACACACACACACGCACACGCACACACACACACACACGCACACACACACGCACACGCAUCCACACACACGCGCGCAUGCACGCACGCAUGCACGCACCAUCCACUCACCCAUAACCACUCCAACAACAGCACAGCAUCCCCCAGCCCCAGCAUGCUCCCGUCAGGUGCAAGGGGCAAAGCAACAACAACAUCCACAACGACCGCGGACGGCACGACCCAGAACCGACCUCACAUGGAGUCGCGUCCGCCCGUCCCUCGCGCGAGCAGCGCACAAUGCCUCGUUUGGCCACCGUCCAAGAACCCCGAGCCGCGCGCUGGCAACGGCAGCAGCGAUGGUAAGGCCGCCCCAGCACCGGCGCAUGCACUUCCCAAGGCUCAACAGGAUACAACCAGCCCCGCGGGCUCCGAUCAGGCCAAGGCAUCCGAAGGUACAUCAACACCAACGACGUCGACCACGAUGACGGCCCAACAUGCAGCAACGGCAACCAGCGGCACAGGGCGUUCCUCACCACCGGCAACGCCCCCAACGCGCACGUCAUCGUCCAUGCCUGCAUCCGUGACUACAACGCCAACCAAGGACGCCCAGGCCACAAACAACACUCAGAGUAGCAGCAACGCUGCAGGCAACACUGCAAGCAGCACCAAAGACACCAGCAGCAGCAGCAGCACCACCCGUCAUCGUCGUCCUGCCAACGACGACGACGACGACGACGACGAUUAUGGCCAUGCCGAUCCUGGCCUUUGCCGCCGUAUGGGCCGGAACACGAUGAAUCUGACGUCCCUGUUGCGCACGGAGGGUGUUGCCUACGACGAUAGCCAAGGCAGCGCGGGCACAGGCAACCCAGCUUCAUCAUCGUCGUCAUCAUCAGCAAGACCAGCAUCAGCAUCGUCACGUAGUCAACAAGGCCCGUCACUCCGCCGCAGCAGCAGCAGCCUGCACCCUAACGAUGAUGACAGCAGAGGCAGGAAGCAGGACAGCCACCUCAACGUACAGCAACAGCACGGCACAGGCCUGCACGUGUCCACCUCCGCCAUCAACUUUCCCACCACCUCUGCUAGCAGCGAUGGGUUUGCCGCCGAGACACACGGGCAGCGCGCACAGCAGUCCCUCACCUCAACAUCGUCGGCCUUCUACGACAAGCCGAGCACAAAGCGCCGCCCGCGCGGUGCAAGCCUGAGUCUCCACGGACCCAAUCAGACAUCGAGGAUGGUGACGUUGGCGGCAGAGGCGGAUAAUUUGCGGAGGCGUUCGCGAAGCAUGCGCAACAGGAAGAACAAGAUGCAGCGCAAGCAGCAACAGCUGCUGCAGCACGGCAGGUCCGCGCACGCAGGGUUUGGCGCAUUUUCCAUGCAUGCAAGCAACGGAGACUUUGGCUUGCCUGCAGGCAGCUUCUACCGCGGCAGCUUGGAGUCGUACCCAGAAAUCGCAUCGUGGGACGAGGAAGACGCAGAAGCAAUUGGUGACGGCAGAUACUCUGCAUACAUUGUGGAAGAGGUGUUGGAAGACUGGCACCACGAAACACUCAUGCCAUACGGCUGCUACUCACCAACGUGCCCUUGCAAGCGAGGCCCUUCCGGCAAUGCAAGCACAUGGCCACACUGCAAGUGCUACACGGCGUCAUGCACACGCGAACACCGCCAGUCGUACUGGCAGUGCCCCAAGCUCAAGAAGCUCGUCAUGCGUGAGAGGCUGAAAUAUGCCCUGUCAGCAACAAAACGACAGCAGGCUGAGGUGGGCCCAUACAUGUCCUUCCUCCCCAGCAGCCUCUGCGCACACGUCGUCGACAUCAUGAACGAGACUGACGAUGCAGAUGAGGACGAAAUGGCGUCGGCGUUGACAGGCAGCGGUGCUGUUCUCUUUGCAGACGCGUCCGGGUUCACCCGUCUCACGGAGCGCCUCUCAAAGCUGCCGAACGGAGCAGAGCUGCUGUGCAGCGUGCUCAACGCGUUCUUCGAGGUGCUGGUUGAGAUUGUGCAGCACUACGGUGGCGACAUCAUCAAGUUUGCGGGCGAUGCCCUGCUCAUCACGUGGUCUGUGGGUGUUAGUCCCAACGCCGUUACGGAAUUCCGGGACGCUGUUCUCCUCGCCGCCAAAUGCUCGCUCGACAUCCACGAGCGCUUGCACAACUACAAGGCGACCGUCAUUGAUGACGAAGAGAUAUUCCUCUCUCUCCAUAUGGGCAUUGGCUGCGGACCGUACACUUCACUCCACGUGGGUGGCGCACUGCAGCGCAUGGAGUUUAUCAUUGAUGGUCCACCAAUGGCCCAAAUUGGCGUGGCCGAGCCUCUGGCCGAGCCUGGCGAGACGGUCCUUUCGCCAGAGGCCUGGCAGGAACUAAAAUCCACCGACGCCAUCGGCACAAGCGUUGUCAUCCUCCACGAACGCGCGCGCGUGCAGAACCACGAGCGCAAGGCAGCAGUGCCAAAGGCGGUACACUCCCGGUUCAUGCGGCUCGACAAGCUGCUGGUGGCACCGCCAGCACCGCCCGUCCGGAGGGAGGCGCAUCUGCGCGCCAAGCACUUGCCCGUGCUCAAGAGGUACAUUCCGCGGGCAGUGACGCGCCAGCUGGACGCCGGGCAUUCGGGCCACCUUGCUGAAAUGCGCGAAGUCUCCAUUUUGUUUGUGCGGUUUGACAACUUCCAGCUCGACGCGAAUCAGCUGAUGGGCGGGGCGCAUGAGGCUGUGGAACGCGGCAACGCCCUCAUGCUGCACGUGCAGCACUGCAUCUACACCUGGGAGGGCUCCAUCAACAAGUUCAUUGUGGACGAUAAGGGCCUGCUCGUCUUGUGCGUGUUUGGGCUGCCGCCCAUGAAACACGCGGAUGACGCCAUUCGCGCAACGAGCGCAGCGCGGCUGCUGGUGAAGGAGGCGCCAAAGGCCAUGGCCAAGUUCAGGGCUGCAAGCAGGCUGGCACACAACCAGAUCACGUGCUCCGUGGGCGUUUCAACCGGCCACGUCUUCUGCGGCGUUGUUGGCGCCACAAAGCGCCGUGAGUACACGGUCCUGGGACGCACCGUGAACCUUGCCGCGCGCCUGAUGCAAGUUGCUGCCCCGAACGAAGUGCUCGUGUGCGAGACGACGCGUGACACCACGGAGGAGUACUUUGAGUAUGUUGGCUCCCAGCGCACGCUCAAGGGCAUUGGCAACACCACCGCCUUUGUUCCAACUGCACCCACGGAACCAUCGACGAAGAAGGGGAAGAGUCUGCAGCAGCAGCGCAUUGCACGCAGGCCCGAGAUUCGUCACCUCUCCAACAUCCUCAGCGAGGACCCCAUCACUUGCGUCCUCUAUAUAAAGUAA